AUAGUGUGGUUUAUGUACCGCACUACAUCAUGGUGUUGUGGAACAAUGCAACGGUUUCACUAAUUCCCAACAAAUCUGCGCAGGACGAAAUGAACUCCACGUGUUCCUUUGUUGAUUCGUCUGUAGAGAGAUUUUCCAAACUUUGCGCGUUUUGCUUUGUUUUAUUGGGCAGUUUAUUUGGAAACAUCUUCAUAAUCAUCAUCGUCUACAAGAAUCGACAUUUACGAAAAACAAUCAACUAUUUCAUCGUGAACAUGGCCUUUUCAGAUUUAGUUUUAACUCUGAUUGUACUCCCAGUUGAAAUAACUAAGUUGGUGACCGACUCAGGACAUUGGCAUGUCAGUGGAAUCUUAGGAUUGAUUUGUUGCAAGUUGUUCUUUUUCGCAAGCUUAGUGUCUCUUCUCGUUUCAUCUCAAAGCUUGGUGUGGAUAGCAAUUGACAGAUUUGUCGCGGUAGUUUUUCCAAUGAAACUUGGACUUAUUUCAAGCAAGAUUCGAACGAUAGCCAUCGUUUCUACCUGGAUUUGUGCAGGCUUUUUCAGUUAUCCAGUGCUUAUAUCUUCGAAACUUGUUGUACGUGGCAAUGACACAUUUUGUACUGAGACAAACUUGGAAUCAUUUUUCCAUAACCAAAAGACCCAAAAGGCUAAUGAGACAUACAUGUUUGUUUGGGUUCAGUUUACUCUUUUGAUUAUUGCUCCCUUACUUGUCAUAACCAUUUUGUACACCGCGAUAGCAGUUAACUUGAGAAUACAGAAGAAAGCCCUCGCAGGCACCCCUCCAAAUAUACAACGACAUGCUAUGAAGAAACGGAGACAAGCUAUCAAAAUGGCGGUUGUUAUCUUGAUUCUGUUUUAUCUUUGUGUAACUCCACACACUUUGCUGUAUUUCAUUCAUUACUGGAGACCUUCUUGUGCCACUCGGAGAGUACUAUAUUUUGUGACCAGUUUCUCGUUUUUCUUAUCUUCCAUUGUCAAUCCAAUAAUUUGUCUGUCAUUUGUCGAAAGUUAUCGUCGCGGAUUGAAACACAUUUUAUGUCCCUGCGUUUGAAAGAGUGAACAAUAUGAUGGCAAAACGCGACAAAUAAGUCAAAGGAGAUGAAAACUCCUCUGGAAGGAAACUGCCGACAGUCUCUCAAGAAUGCAAAAAAAACUAUAACGUAACGUUUUGUAGAGAUAUAGUUUAAUACGAGGUGCUCUGUUCCGAAUAAUGCGAUGUAAAUGCAAGAGCACCAGAGCUGAACGUAAUCGCCUGCUAGGUUAUAUCAACAAUAACGUAGCCAUGCUAUAAGACUUUAUAAUUAUAAAACAAGACCUGUUUUGUUCAAAUUAGGGAGCGGGGAUGGCAGAAUGGUGAGAGCGCUCGCCUGGCCUCCCACCAAUGUGGCCCGGGUUCGAUGUCGGUCCGGUGCUAUAUGUGAUUGAGUUUGUUGUUGGUUCUCGCCUUGCUCCGAGGGA